AUGGACUAUUCGCGGCUGAAGGCUGCUGCGCUGCAGGGCGGCGAGGACGAAGAAGCCGUCACCGUGGACACCAGGGCCUUGAUUGACAAGGUUCUUGCCAGGUACUCGGGCGAGUGGACGACAUUGCGAGAGCUCAUUCAGAAUGCUGCCGAUGCCCAAGCAACGACAGUCAAGGUUAAGUGGGAGACCUUACCCUCGACCUCAGUUCCCCUGCCGAAUACCACGAACCGAUCCGAGAUUCUCAAACAUGUUAUUGCGAACCACACUCUGCGACGUCUCGUCGUGGCAAAUGACGGCCAACCUUUCACGAAAACCGACUGGGGGAGACUGAAGAGGAUCGCAGAGGGAAACCCAGACGAAACCAAAAUUGGUGCUUUCGGUGUUGGUUUCUACAGUGUCUUUGCUGAUUGCGAAGAGCCAUUCGUGAGCUCAGGAAACGAGGCCAUGGCGUUCUACUGGAAAGGCAACGCCCUCUUCACCAAGAAGUCGACCCUACCGGAAGACCAAAGAAGCGGCGAUACUUGCUUCGUCCUCGAUUAUCGCAACUCCACCACCCCUCUACCAAACCUCCUCUCCGUCAGCCAGUUCCUCGCUACCAGUUUGACAUUUGUUGCGCUGCAGCAUGUGGAAUUCUGGAUUGACGACUACAAGAUUCUCUCUCUUCACAAGAAGACAUCACCAAGUCUCGAGGUGCCCAUCCCGAGGGACCUUGAGACACGAACAAAGGAAGGCCUCAUGAAGGUCAGCACGGUGGAGCGCACCAGCACGCAGAUAGACGCGGCUGUCAUGAGUGCCGCCGGCUGGAAACCAAAGGCUGCAGCUGCGAAGACGCAGGAUUCAUACGGCCUCUCAUCUGAAGUGCCGUCUCUUCGGAGUUUCUUCUCCAGGCUAACUUCGUCUGCGACGCAAGCCACCGCCAGAGGCAAACAGCAAAGGGAGGAGGCCGCAGCCCAGGAAGAGAUCAGCGAGGACGUGACAAAGAUCUCUACCUCAACCAUCUUCCUCCGAGUAACGACUGCAGCGGUUAAGACCCAUGUGUCGACGUCUUUUGCCAGCGAGCUGGAGCGAGCGACGAAGAAGCCGCCACCGAAAACCACGAAAUUGGCCAUUUUGACAUCUUCCUACGACGAGACAAUGGCAUCAGAAAGCUCUCGCUCUGCCAACAUAUCAAAGUCCGUCGACGUGUUCGCAUCUGUACUACCAAGCAAGAAACCAGGCGGCCGUAUUUUCAUCGGGUUUCCUACAACACAGACAACUGGUGCCGGCAUGCAUAUCUCGGCGCAAUCGGUCAUCCCCACUGUCGAGCGUGAGGCGAUCGAUCUCAACGCCAGAUGGGUCAGGACCUGGAACAUUGAAAUGCUCCGAGCCGCCGGUAUCAUGACGAGAUUGGCCUUCAUCAACGAAAUGAGCGAUCUAGACUCCAAGGUUAGAAACACGGCCGGAACAGGGGUGAAACUGUCGGCUGAAGACGUCGCGAAGCUCAUGCCUGAAGCACUGCAUAUCUUCAAGACGUUUACGUUCACUGAUUCUACACCAAGCGGUCACGUGGCUCAGAUUCUCGAAGAAUCGUUCUGGACAGCUUUCAAGAAGGCUUCAGUUGAGGUUUUCUCUUCUCGUGGUGUUUUGUCUUCUACCAAAGUUCGCAUUGGUUCCGACGAACUUGCCAAGUUUGUUGACACAAUCCCGGUUGUGCCCAAGGAACUCAUGGAGAACUCGUUCGUGCGCAAGUUAAUCGACUUCGGACUCAUCAGUCCCAUCACGGUGGACGAUGUUCGAGCAGAACUAGAAGCAAAGGCGAUGAACAAGGAGCAGCUGAUCAACUUCAUUAGUUGGGCUGGCAAGAAAGCCCUCAAUGGGGAGUUGGAUCCCCCCAGCAAAGCCCGUCUUCUUGACGUUGCCGUUGCAACGGUCAGCGAGGAUGGCGACCAAGGGGACAUCAUCGCGCUUGGUACCAUCACAAACUAUCAAGUUGCAAACAAGAUUCCAGCGAAUCUUCCUAUACCUCCAACCACUAUCCCUCUGGCUUACACCAACACCUGUUCUUCCGUGGAACUUCAGGCUCUUGGCUGGGAUCCCCUCGAAGUCGUCCCCUGGCUUCGAUUCCUCAUCGAAAACAGCUCGAAUAAACCCGACGAUCAGAACAUCAAAAAGUCCCCUAAGUUUGCAGUGCAGAUCCUUACGGUGUUGUCCAAGAAUUGGGACAAUACGAGCCAGAGUUCCAAAGCAACAAUUAUCACACUUCUCCAGGCUCACGCCGUCAUGCCGACGAAGAUGGGCAUGAGGAAGCCAACUGACUCUUUCUUCCCCACUGUUAAGCUCUUCGAUGACCUGCCUGUUAUCCAAGGUUGUCAGAGUUUGAAGGACAAGUUUCUAUCGGCCGUCGGUGUGCGCAAGACGCUCGAUCUGGAUACGAUCUUCUCCAGACUUCUGAGCCCGACUGCCGAAGGCGGCGCCCAGAAAUGGAGUCACAUGGAGCUCAUCAAAUAUCUUGCGGCUGUGAGAGACGACAUCCCAGCUGAGGAUAUGAGAAAGCUCAAGGAGACACGCUUCUGCCCGGCUGAAUGUGGCCCUAGAGGUAUGGAGCCGACGAAGGGCAGCACUCAGCUUUACAAGGUCUCAGAGUUAUUCGAGCCUAAAGACACGCUGAGGGCACUGCAAUUGCCUUUGUUACAGUGGCCUGGCCCUCCUGGCAGUUACAGAGUCAACAGUAACGAAGGCCGAUUCAUGGCCAUUCUGGGCUUACGCCCUUACCCCUCUGUCCCGGAAUUAGUCGACAUGAUGUGUUCCAAGGACGCCGAGCUCAGAGUCUCUGCCAUGGCCUACUUCAUCGCAAACCACCACAUCAACGGCUACGGGUCAUUCAAUCUUGCCGACAGCCGCAAAGCCUUUCUGCCUCUUCAGAACGAAAGUCGCUUGGUGUCCCCAUCAGCUUGUUUUACCAACGAGCGUGCCGCUGUUUUGGGCUUUGACAUCCUUCAGAGGGAUCUCCAUGUGCAUGCCAACAAGUUCGGAGUUGUCAGAGACCCGCCUAUAGUUGAAUGUGUCUCACGUUUGCUGGCCAAACCUCCCCAGGAUCGGCAAAUGGCCAUCACUCUCUUUGAGUAUUUUGCUUUGCGCAUUGGAGAUCUUGGAGAAGGCAGCCUGGUCAAAUUGCGAGACGCGCCGAUCGUACCGGUUGUUCGGCAGGCUCGUGAAGGCAAGGAUAAGUCUGGCUCGUACGUCACCCACAUCAGCCCGAAGCGGUGCUACUUGGGAACCUCUGCAACGUAUGGCGACAUUUUUGAUUUUGUCGAUUUCGGCACAAACGCCAACACGUUUCUUUUCAAGUGUGGUGCCAAGAACGAACCCACCAAGCCAGAGAUCGCGCACCUUGCUUGCAGUGAGCCAGCACGUCUCCUCAGCAUCUUGCAGAGCCCAGAUAAGUACCUGGCCCUGCUGAAGUCAUUGGCGGAGAAUUGGGCAACCCUGAAGAGAGACAAGGACUUGGUUCGAAAGAUGAAGGCGUCUCCCUUCCUCCUGGCAGCAAAGGAAAUUCCAUCACCCACUCCGUCCAAGGAUAGACUCAUUGACAUCGACGACGAUGAUGCGGACGCACCGAUCAAGCAAUACCAGCUUGCCGCGGCCAACCGAAUCGUCAUUCUCGAUGAUUACAUCAGUUAUCGGUUGUUCAAGGACCACUUGAUCACUGCACCCGAAGAUGAGGUUCUCGAGGACUUUUAUCAUCAACUGGGCGCUCAAAAUUUGGGCUCGCUUGUCGAAGAAGAGAUCAGAAUUGGACCACAUGCGGAUAAGCAAGAUCGGGCAGCCAAGUUGAAGAAGCACGUCCUCGAGCGCUCCAAGAUCUUCCUCCAUGAAUACGCAAACUACCGCCGGGAUUACAUCAGACGCGAUGCCAAGUGGUUAGAGAAGAGCUUGGAGGUCGAGCUCGUGCGGUCAGUCGCACUUCGCCGCUCACUCAAGGGCCAUAGCCAGUCUCACACUGAGAAGCGGUCUGCUGCCAGUGCUCAACGUGGUUCCAGCUGGGUGUUGUUCGUCGCAGCAGAUGGACAGCCCGACAUGUACCAAAUAGGACAGGCCAUUUGCCAGCUCCUUCUAACGAAGCCCAAUCAGCAAGCAUACUUGUUCUUCGAACCCUUCCUCACCCUCGAUCUUCUCGGCUUGCGAGCUCGUGGAUACAACGUGGAUCGCAUCUUGCGGGCCAAGGCUGCCGAGGCAAGGAUCGCCGAGGAAGAGCGCCGGAAAGCACUUGAGUCAGAGCAAAAGCGCAUCCAAGAAAGGGAGCAGGAGUGGAGUCAGCAAGCAAAAGCCGCUGAGGCUGCUCGACAGGUUGCGAACAAGACCCCGGAACCCGUCAUGCCCGGAGCUUUCACGAAUGACAGUCCUGACGACUCUCACAAGCUGCCACCUCCGGCGCAACCGGGACGUAAGAACAAGGGUCUUUUCUCGAAUCUUUCACGACGCUUUGGCUUUGAAAGCAAUGAUGACGAUGAGGCGAAGGACCAGCUGCAGAAGUUCAUUGACUCGCCCGAGGAGAGCCAUCAGCAUGGAGUUGCGGAUCAACCCAGUGGCACUCACGGCGCCAGCGGCUCGAACAAGGGCAAGGAAGAUGGACGUGUGACCAACCCGGCUACGGUUGGGCAAAACCUUCUCAACGCCAUCAACUCUACCAGAGCACAUGGCUCGAACAGCGUCUUCUCGCCGCCGACAGUGAACGAGGUCAAGGAACAGGCCACCUACUGCGACAGCACUCCAGCACAGAACAUAGUAUUUGCAGCGGAGGCUUCAAACAGUAUGAAGGUCUUUGUCUCCAAGAAUCUGUCAACUGAUGCGGGCCGCUUCAUUCAAACCUAUCACUCGGCUAUCAAUUCGUUCGCCACCUUACUCACCGAUGUGGGCGGUGUGUAUUCACUAUCCCCGCGGGUCCUUCACAUCUUCUACGACGAAUCGGGCUCCACGAUCGCGUUCAACAGCAGUGGCAGUAUUUUCUGCAAUCUUCGAUUCUUCCUUCAGCUGCACGCGGACAAGCUUAACGGAUCCCAAGGGGGGGAAGCAAAGGCAGAGGCGGCUGUGUGGUGGUGGGUUGUGCUAGCUCACGAACUUGCGCACAACUUGGUUCAACCUCAUAACUCGGACCACAGUUACUACACGGAGUCUUUCAUCCAGCAGUACUUCGCCAAGAUGGUAGCGAAGGCGGCGCAGUGGACUCAACAGGCGGCGGCAGCCCCAACUUCUGCCCCUGCUCUUCCUCCGGCACCCUCACAGGCACCUCAGCCGCCGCCGUCGUAUCAAGAGAGUAAUAGACAGGCGCCAGGGAACGCGAGAUACACUUUGUUUGAUUAG